AUCCAACAAAUUUUGCUUGCACGGCUGUAAACGCAACAACGAUGAGGGUGACAUGGACACAGACAGCAAGUGCAACAGUUGACGGAUACCACCUUGAUAUAGAACGAGUGGAUGGGCUCAAAAUAGAAUACGGAUUACCGUCAAUAGUACUGAAUGACAAGACCUAUGAGACCUACACGUAUUAUGGCCUGGGAAAGUUUGCCACCUAUAAUAUCACCAUUCAUUCGUACUUUAGUUCUGGUAGCAACGGUACUGAUUACGUCAUUACUUGCCAAACAAGCUCAGAUAUACCAGAUGCGUCUAACUUUAACUUCUCGUGCGUUGGAAUCUCUACGUCAGAAAUCACGUGCAAAUGGGACACCCUGGACACAGUCUAUUGGAACGGGAACCCAGUAGGGUAUAUAUUAGGAUAUUUACGGUAUACCAAUGACAUUUACACGUACGUCAAUCUGUCAACCAACAUCGUGACCCACACCAUCAACAAUCUCUACUUCGACACGUGGUACGUCAUCCAGUUACAAACACAGAAUGAUGCUGGCUUGAGCCCGUUCACUUCAAGUCCUGCAAAAACGUUAGGUUGGCCAGUGACAGUUGAGAACAAAACUCGUUACUUUUGUUAUGAGACUAUCCCGGGUACUCUUGUAUGGAGCUGGGAGGAGAUGCCAUGUACUGUUUACGUUGGAAUAAUUCUCGUAUUCAUGCUACUUUCACUGAUCUUCAUGACGAUCUGUUGCUGUAUGUGUUGCUGUAAUAAGAAAACUGAGAACAACAAAAGCAACGUUGCUGUCAAUAUCUUUAACGAGCAAGGAGAAAAUGGGGACAAUGAUGGCUAUGACGAUGAUGAAACAGAUACAGAGAGUGAAGAAGAAGAAGAAUUUGUUGAUGAAGAUGAUGAUGACUAUGACUAUGACAGUGAAGGGAACCCAACAAAGGCAGCUAUACUAGCUAAGAAGAAACGGAAGAUGGCAGAGGCUGCUAAAGGCGGUGCUUCUGGUUCAGAUGAAUCAAGGGAUGGGACAAGUGAAGAUGAAAAAGAAUCUGAAGAUGAAAAGGAAUAUGAAACUUCUGAGGUUGAAACCGGACCAGAUGAGGAAUAUGAAUCGAGUGAAGGCGAUGAAGAUUUAGAUGAGGAUGAAAGAUUGGCAAAGAAAGAAAAGAAAUUAGCUGCUAUUGCAGCUGCAAAAGAAUUGAAAGAUAAAAAACGAGAAGACAAAGCAAAAAGGAAAGCCGAAAAGGACAAGGAAAGAGAAAUAAAUAAAGCGAAAAAAGAUGAAGAACUGACAAAGAAAAAAAGAGCUAAAGACGAAGAAAAAAGAAAACAAAAAGCAGAAAAAGAUGAAAAAAAUGAAACACAGAAAGCUGAAAAGGACAAGAAAAAUGCUGAAAAGAAAAGGAAAAAAGAGAUAAAAAGACUCAACAAACAAAGUAAAACUGAUGGCAAUGACGUGUCAGAAACAGAAUCGGAUUAUGACACUGAUGAGUUUUCGGAACCUGACGAAUGUACAGAAAAUGAAGACGAGGACAACAAGAAAAAGGGAACAGUUUCUAACGAGAAAAAGAAAAAAAUUUCUAACAGUAAAAUGCCAAAUAAGAAAAGCCUUGCAGGCAAGGCCAUUCUUUCUACUGUCAAUGAAAAAAGUAAACAGACAUUAAAAACAAAUAAUAAUGACAGUAAAAGGAUAAAAUCUGAAAACAAGAAGAACAGCAAAAUACAAUCUAAAGAAAAAUCUGAUAAUGUAAAAGACAAUAAAGAACAUAAAACAAAUAAAAAAGAAAUAAAUACAGUAAAAGAUAAACAGAAGAAAAAGGUUAGAAAUCGAUAUAGUGAUAGCGACGAUUUUUCUGAUGAAAGUGGAACAGACUACUACGAGGACUGGAAUCCAGAUGCAGAAGAUAAUCCUGAUGCAAAUGUAACACGCGUAAAUGUUAAGGAUAUAAAUAAAACACCAGAUCAAAUGGAUAAAGACGGUAAAGACAAAAAAUCAGUUAGAAAGAAUAAAGAACCGAAGAAAUCUGGAAACGAAACGACAAGUAAAAAUUCCCAAAGUGCAAAACGAAAACAAAAAGGUGAUGAAAGUGACACAAAAAAUGCAAAUAAAAAACAGAACAGAACGAAACAGCACGAUGAUAAUGGCGGCAAUAAGUCUAGUCAGAAUUCUAAGAAAAAAAGUAAAAAUUCCAGCAAAAAUGAAAGUGAGGAUAAUGAUAGUGAUGAUGAAUAUUAUGAUAGUGAUGAAUACGACAGUGAUGAAUAUGAUAGUGACGAUUAUGAUAGUGACGAUUAUGAUAGUGAUGAUAAUGAUAGUGACGAUGAUGAUAUUGAAGGUAGCAAAAGUCAAGCUAAAGACAAACGUAUUAAGAAAGCAAAUAAUAAAGAUAAAAAGCCAGGAUUUUUUGGAAAGCUAUUCGGAAAUUUGAAUAUGUCUUCUGGGGGUAAUCAAAAUAAAAAAGUAAAUAAAUCUUCAGAAGGAAAUAAAACAAAUGGGUUGAAUGAUUGGGAAAGCGAGGAAGAAUAUGACGAUAAUGAGCCAAAUUAUCAAGGAACUAAAAUGGGUCAAAGAUCCGGAUUAAAUGGCAGUGGUUUCGGACGUUCUGGCUAUCCAGGUCCUGCUAAAAAUAUUAAUAAUACCAGAAGUAGUAUUUGGAAAGGUAAUAAUAAUACCACGACUGAUUUCGGUGACUGGGGGAGUGAUGAUGAUAAUGAUGCUUUUGUGCAAAAAGAUAGCAACAACGGAUUCUCUCAUUCGUAUGCAAAAGGCUUUAAUAUGUAUGAUGACAACAAACAAGGUUUACAUGAUAAAAUAAAGGGACAAUACCCAGUGAAUCAACAUCAUGGAAAUGGGGCAGCUAACCAUGGGCGGGAAGGAAUUAAUCAAAAUCAAUUUCUUUCUCCACAUGGCGAUCAAUUUAUGCCAGCUGACCAUGCCUCAACAAAUCUUAACAAUUUUAGCGAGACACAUGCCGACACUGAUAAUAAACAAUACUCAAUGUCUUCUGGAAGCCAAUAUCCAACCGCAUAUGGUGGAAACUAUGCGUCAACCAGCAUUCAUCCUCAUCCUGGUAGCAAUGAACAAACGAUGCAAAAGGCAAAACCUGACGAAAGAAGCAAAUUCAAUGCACUUUUUAAUGUGAACGCAAGAAGAAAAAAGGCAACUAAAGCUAACCGUGCAACUCAAAAUGCUGCACACAACUAUGGCAAUACACAAAGUGGCGGGAUUUCAUCUCAAAGUAAAAAAUACGGUGACGGCGAAGAUAUAUUUUCAACAAAUAACACAACUGAUAACCUUCAUCAAGGUCGAAACAAUUUUGAUAUACCAACAUCAACUGGAGGGAAUGGGUCUUCGAGCGGUUCAAAUAACCCAUCCAAUAGAAAUAAGUAUUCGGAGGGAAACAAAAUAAUUUCUGAUCAAAUCGGGCUACAUGGUGGGUCAGAUAUUGCAAAAAAGCAAAAUGCAAAAUUGACAGGGAAUUCUUUUAGCCAUAAUCAUCCAGAUUCAAAUAAUUACACAAGAGACGGUUUAGGAGAAGAAACCAAUUUGCAUGAUCAUUAUAACGGUAGGUUAGACGAAAAUAUAAAUGGAAAUUAUUUAAGUAAGAAUAGAAAACUUGGAGCACAAAACAAAUCAGUAAAUUUUAGUGUACCUGCAGAGGAUUCGUAUGACGCAAAAAUAGGACAAUAUGGAAAGAAUAUCGCAAAUGAUAAGUCAAGGAAUUUUAACACGACAAAUGAAGAUGGUAGUAAAAAACAAAGUGGUCAAUUAGGUACAAAUUUAUCUGCCCCUUUCCAAAAUAGUACACACGAUGCAAAUAAUGUGAUUAAUAAUGCUUUAAAUCCAAAUGAACGAUUAGAUACACACGCACAGGCAUCAAACCAGCCCAAUAGUUUCUCGAAUCCUUUCAACACAGAUAGAAAUGGUACAUUUGAUGAAGAGGAAAGUCAUUUGAACACCGGAAUUAAAUCAAAGAAACUUGUGAGUUUCAGAAGUAACGACUCUCACAUUGUUGGAAUGGGAAAUAAAAAAGACAAUUUUUCAGAUUCAAAUGGUUUACAUAAUCAACCAAAUAACAAUGGAGGAAGCAAUCAUGGUAUAAAUGGGAUAACUGCCGAGUCAAACUACAAUGGAGUUUCCUAUCCAAGUAAGGCAGGAUUACCCGCUGGACCAUAUAACAGUGGAGGAAACAGUCCAGGCAAGGAUGGAUUGUCAAAUGGACCAAACUAUCGUGGAGGGAACAAUCAAGGAAUUAAUAGAUUUCACAGUGGACGAAACAAUAAUAGAGGAAAAGGUCCAGACACGAAUAAAUUCCCCUCUGGGCCAAACAAUAAUGGAGAUAAUAAUAUUAGUAUAAACGGAUUGCAGGGCGGACGUACCUACAAUGGCGGCAAUAAUCCAGGAUCAAAUGGGCUACACGCUGGACCAAACUCUAAUGGAGGAAGUAAUCAAGUCACAAAUGGGUUACCUAAUCGACCGAACUUCAAUGGAGAAAACAAUCGAAUUUCGAAUGGAUUGCCCAAUGAAGCACACUUUAAUGGUGGUAAUAACCCAAGUAUGAAUGGAUUACCGGCUGGACCAAACUACAAAGGGAACAACAAUCCGGGAAAAAUGGGGCAAUCUUCUGGAACAAACAACAAUGGAAGCAACAGUCAAGGGACAAAUGGUUUUCCAAACAGACAAAAUCAAAAUGGAGACAACAAUCCAGGUAAUGGAUUUCCAAACGGACAUAACCACAAUGCUGGCAACAAUCCAGGUAGGUUAGGACUACCAACUAGACCAAAAGAUUUUGGAGCUAACAAUCUAGAUAGGAAUGUAUUACCUGCUGGGUCAAACCAAACUGGAGGCAGCAAUGCAGGAAGGGUAGGAUUACCAAAUGGACCAAAACAUUCUGAAGGUAACAAUCCGGAUACAAAUGGAUUACCAACUGGGUCAAACUUAUUGAAAUCAGACCCUAUUUCGGGAGUAAAUGCAUCCACUGGAUCUGAGGAAAACGAUGACGUUUUUACAUCAGAUGCUGAUAUUGUCUUGCCAAAUAAUGGUACCAAUAAACAAAUCCGCUCUCCGGUAGGACGGUUUGUCAAUAAACCAGCGUGGAAUAAUCCCAAACCAGACAAUUCGAGCAGUGAAAAAAGGAAAGGUUCUAGAACACCUGUAAAGGAACUCAUGAAAACCCCAAAGCGAAUGACCCUUACAGAUCCAGAGCCAGUAUUUGAAACGGACAGGCUAGCAAAGAAAUUUCCAUUUUUGUCGACAGGUGAUCCAGUAAAUAACGCAGACACAAACGCUGUUAAACCUAACGAAAGCAUGCGCAAAAAUCAGAGCGAUUCUAAUCUUGAGAAGUUGUUUGGUAAGGGAAAACCGUUCGGUGGUUUGCCUAAGAUUUCAUCAGAUCCCAACAUUAAAGCUCAAGAGAACGGUGACAAAAAUACUGAAGGUUUAAAUGCUGAUACACGUGAUAAAAUUUUCUAUGGAUUCGGGGUCGGUAAAUGGCGCUUAGUAGCUGCUAAAUGGCUCAAUACAUGGAAGAUGAAGCGUAGACCUGUAAAAACAGCACAAUCUUCAUGGGACUAAUGUGUAGGCCUGUGAAAACGGCGAAUCUUUUUGGGACUGAGGAAACAGCACAAUCU